GAGGAAGAGAGAGGGGUAGGAGGAGGGAGGAGGAGUGCUCCUGGUAGCUUCUUGUAGGCAGCGUGUAGUGUAGGGUUGGUGCUGGCUGAAGGGUGGAGACUGAGCAGCAGCGGGGAGGGUGUAUGUCAGCUGGAUCAGCAAGAAAGAGCAGCCAGAGCAGAGCAGGAGAGAGGGAGCCACAGCACAGCGAGCGAGUGUAUGUGUAUGAGCGUGCCUGCCUGCCUUCCUGCUAGCCUGCUGACUGUGUGUGAGAGAGGAGAGUCAGUAAGCGUGUGGAUACUACUCCACCAGACUGCAUGUCUCUGGCGUCACUAAGGGAGCAGCACACACAUUACAGAGAGUAAGGCGGAACCAGAGUUCUGACAGAACUGCAGGCCAGGAGGACACCAGGAAAGAGUGCGGCGGAGUUAGCAGACAAGACAGACAGACUACACAAGGCCUAGCUCAGAAGCCCUAUCAUGGCGUCCAACAACACAGCAAGCAUCGCCCAGGCCAGGAAACUGGUAGAGCAGCUGAAGAUGGAGGCCAACAUCGACAGGAUAAAGGUGUCCAAAGCAGCAGCGGACUUAAUGUCAUACUGCGAAGCCCAUGCCAAAGAGGACCCCCUCCUGUCGCCGGUGCCCGCAUCCGAAAACCCUUUUAGGGAGAAGAAGUUCUUCUGUGCCAUCCUGUAAACAGGAUGUGGUUUAUUUGGUCUGCUCAUCUUGGGACAUGAACGAGGACGUUCAAUAUGUAGACAUCUUCUAACAGGGGGGCUAGGUGAAGUACUAGUGCCCCUUUCGCUACAAUGGCACCUAAAGAGUGCAAUUAAAAA